CCUUCAACCCCCAGACCAUCCUUCCACUUCCUACAAUUCCCUGCCAUAUCCACCAUACCACUUCCCACUUCUGCCACUAGUGAGGCAGGGGGCAUACAGACAACAGCCUCUUUUAUUACACAAUCCUGAUUCAUCCCCAGACAAUCAUCCACACUGAAUGAGGUGGAGGUUUUGUGGAAAAACACUAUAUGAUCAUGCGACUCAAGACUGUAUCAUAAUGCAUAUAUAUGCACAAGGGAUCUGAUCUAAAGUUGCAUGUGCAACCUUAAUUCUGGAAUUUCCUAACUUUUCAGUGUUUGAUUUGCAACUGGAACAUACUUUUUAAUCAUUUAUUUGUAUGUAAAUAUACCUUGAUAUUACAAGAUCACAUAAUGAUUUCAGUUCAGUUCAAUAAUACUUCAUUGGCAAAACAGCUCAAUGAAGUGUUGCCAAACUAUGUAAGGAGACAACGCCCUGAGGUAUGUGUCAGAGGGUAAGUACAAUCUGCCCAGGAUACAGCUUCACCAUGUUCCGAGAUUUUUUUUAAUCCCUUUGUUCAUUUGGCAUUAUUGUCCAAGGCUGACUGUAUGGCAGAUUGCUAUGUAACAUGAUGCAGUCUAUCUGUGCUCUAUAUAUCAUUUCUCCCAGAUUUAUGCAGUUUUUCUUUGAUGUCUGUUUCCUGAAAAGUCUAUUUGAUGAGACAUCUUUUUCAGACUCCUGCAAUACUUUGACACAGUGGGACAGAGCAGAACUAUUCACCAGGAACUUUCUUGUUCUUCAGACCUCAAGUUAGGCCCCCUAAGAUUCCUUCACCAAGGAAAGUUCUAUCUCAUCAUCUUUAUAGUGCUCUUCUGCAUGAUGACUUGUAACACAGUAGUGCCCAAAAUUUGUUACAUGGUGUACAAGCAUGUAAGAUGACAGUGCCUGCUCCAAAGAGUUUACAGUGUAAAAUCUUUUUUGAGUUUUCUUUGCUAUUAAGAUGCAGCAUUGACCAAAAUAAUUAUUAGUCAUUUCUGACUGAGCCCUUGGCUACACUUGCGAGUUAUAGCGCUGUAAAGGCUCCCCCAGCACUGUAACUCACUCCCCGUCCACACUGGCAAGGCAUUUGCAGCGCUGUAUCUCCGUGGUUGCAGCGCUGCAUGUACUCCACCUCUCCGAGAGGAAUAGCAAGUAUUACGCUGCCGCUGCAGCGCCAGUGUGACCGCCCAAUGCGCUGUGAAUGGCCUCCAGAAUUAUUCGGCAGUAUCCCACAAUGCCUGUUCUAGCCACUCUGGUCAUCAGUUCAAAUUCUGCCCUGGCCUCAGGUAAUCAACCAUGUGACUGACCCUUUACAUUCCCUGGGAAUUUUAAAAAUCCCCUUCCUGUUUGCUCAGCCUGGCGUGGCGUGGAGUGCUAUCAGCGAAUCUUUCCAGGUGACCAUGCCUCCACGCGCCAAGUGAGCCCCAGCAUGGAGCAAUGGCGAGUUGCUGGUCCUCAUCAGUGUUUUGGGGGGAGGAAGCUGUACAGUCCCAGCUGCGCUCCAGCCGUAGGAAUUACGAUACCUUUGGGAAGGUAUCAAAGGACAUGAUGGAAAGGGGCCAUGACCGGGAUGCCCUGCAGUGCAGGAUUAAAGUGAAAGAGCUGCGGAGUGCCUACCGCAAAGCCCGCGACGCAAACAGCCGCUCGGGUGCUCCUCCCGCGACCAGCCGAUUCUACGAAGAGCUGGAUGUGAUACUUGGGGUUAACCCCACCUCCACUCUGAGCACCACCAUGGACACUUCAGAGCCGAUGUGGGGGGGCGAGGAGGAGGAGGAAAACGGGAGUGAUGGUGGUGGGCCGGAUGGAGACACCCCGGAAUCCAUGGAGGCAUGCAGCCAGGAGCUCUUCUCGAGCCAGGAGGAAGGUAGCCAGUCGCAGCGGCCAGUACGUGGUGGAGGUACCAGGAAGAGCAGGUUCCUGCUGCAUCAACCUUGAGACCUCAGCCGUCCCUCUUAUCGCCUGCUCAGAGACUGCAAAGACUCAGGAAGAGACCGCAAAAAAGCAAAGAAGACAUGCUGCAAGAAGUGAUGCAGCAGUCUAUUAAAGAGAAUGAGAAAGCACAGGACUGGAGGGAGAGAGAAAGCAGGAGCCGCCAGGAAAACGCAGCGCACCAGUGGCAAAGCACCGCGCACCGGCAGCAAAGCACCGAUAGGCUCAUAAGCAUCCUGGAGCGCCAAGCAGAUGCUAUCCAGGAGCUCGUAGCCAUGCAGAAAGAGGAGCAGUAACGCAAACGUCACCUCCCCACAGCCCUUGUCCCAAAACUCUUUCCGUUGUGCCCCACUGUCACCUCCAACCCACUUUCCCCAACUUCCAUGUUCUUCACGCCACCUGCUGCCUCCAACACCAGUAUCUUCACCACCCAGCCCUGAAAACCACGACCCUUGCCCUCUGCACUCAGCCCCCAUCACCAUGAAGUAUAGUUGUCCUGAAGUGUAGCAUUCACUGCACAGCACACCACACAGGACAUACGCAAAUCUGUGA